AUGGUGCAGUGGCAGAGACAUCUUUUCCCAAUUCUUCGUCGCAUUCAUAAGGGAGUCGAGCAUGUCAAUCACUCGGCUACGAACCUUGUAAUUUAUCGCUUUGCCUCUUCUCUUACACAAGGUCAGUUACAGAGGCAAUCAUCAACAAGUUUUCCAACUGUCUCAAGGCCUUUUUAUCAGUGUUUUCAAUAUCAGGGAAUUUCUAGUUCUACCCAGUUGCUCAAAAAUUCAUCUGAGGACGCACCUGUUUCGUCGCCUUUAGUUCCAGUUUCAUCAUUUGGUAGUUCAAAAGGUGAAGACCAGAAUCAGAAAGCAAUUACUAAGGCAGAAAAAGUUCAAGCAGUACUAAAGAAAAUAAAGCAGAGUCCAAAGAAGCUGAACUUGGUUGCUGCUUUGGUACGUGGUAUGCUUGUUAAAGAUGCAUUGCUGCAGUUGCAAGUGACAGUAAAGCGGGCUUCAAAAACUGUAUAUCAGGUUAUUCAUUCAGCCAGAGCAAACGCUUCUCACAAUCAUGGGUUGGAUCCCGAACGCCUCAUUGUUGCUGAAGCAUUUGUUGGAAAGGGAGAUUUUAAGAGGAGAAUUUCCUACCAUGGCAAAGGAAGAUCUGGAGUCAUGCACAGACCAGAAUCCAGGCUAACUGUUGUAGUUAGAGAGAUAACCCCUGAAGAAGAAGCAGAUAUUGCUAGGCUGAAGGUCCACAACUUUAAGAAGCUUACUAAGAGGGAGAGUCGACUUGUGCCACACCAGCUUAUCGAGACCACUCCUGUUUGGGGCCGAAAAAACAAAUCUAGCCGUCAAGACUCGAGUGUUGCAGUUGCAUGA